AUGUCUGGAAGCAAUGGUGCUCAGCCGGUUAAGCUCUCCUUACCCCUGGAGUAUCAGCAGCACCUCUUCCAAGAGUUGCGCACAGAAGAUGAGCUCGUCGUGCUCGCCCGUGGCUUGGGAUUGAUGCGCCUCGUCACAAACCUGCUUCAUUCAUAUGACGCAGCUGGAAAUAAUCUGAUAGUCAUUGUAGGCGCUGAGGACCGUGAAAAUGGAUGGAUUGGCGAGGCACUGGCCGAGCACGCCGCCAUUAGUGCUGCCCCCAAAGCCCGUGGUCUCACCGUGGUGAAUACUGAUUUCCAAAGCGUUGGUGCACGGGAAAAGAUGUAUGCUGGAGGUGGCAUAUUCAGCAUCACGUCACGUAUUCUGGUCGUUGACCUUCUCACCGGCCUCCUGGAUCCAGAGUCUAUAACUGGCAUGGUCGUGCUUCACGCUGAUCGAGUCAUCGCCACUGCACUCGAGGCCUUUAUCCUCAGAGUCUAUCGCCAGAAGAACAAGAUUGGAUUUUUAAAAGCCUUUGCCGACAAUCCAGACCCCUUUACUACGGGGUUCUCGCCCCUGUCAACAAUGAUGCGAAAUUUGUUCUUGAAAAAGGCGUCUCUGUGGCCGAGAUUCCACGUCACCGUGGCGCAAUCCCUUGAAGGGAAGAAGAAAGCCGAAGUCAUCGAGUUGGAAGUCCCCAUGACGGAUUCAAUGAAGGACAUUCAAAAUGCAAUCAUGGAAUGUGUCGAGGUCAGCAUUCACGAGCUGAAAAAGGGCAACUCUGGCCUGGAAAUGGAUGACUGGAAUCUCGAUAGUGCCUUGAUGAAGAACUUUGAUGUCAUGGUACGGCGACAGCUAGAUCCCAACUGGCAUCGGGUAAGCUGGAAAACAAAGCAAAUCGUAAACGACCUGACGGUGCUGCGAGGUCUCCUGACGUCGGUCCUGGCUUACGAUGCCGUGUCAUUUCUGCAGCAUCUUGACACAAUCCAUGCUGCUCAUUCACCUCCACCAGGAUCAACGAGGCAAAAUCAAUCGCCAUGGCUGUUUUUGGAUGCUGCACAAACCAUAUUUGACACCGCACGGAGGAGGGUAUACUCGGCCAGUGCAAAAUCAAUCUCGCAAAGCGGCGAUAACAUUGACUCCUUGCGACCAGUUCUCGAAGAACUGCCAAAGUGGGCACUACUUGCUGAAGUGCUUGAAGAGAUUGACAGAGACCUAUACUUUGAGCCGCCUGCCAGAGACGACUCUAACGGCACAAUCUUGAUCAUGUGCUCCAAUACCGACACCUGCAGACAACUCCGGGACUACUUGCAAACAAUGCAUGUGAAGCCCAGAGUCACACAGCCGAAACCCGCCGUAAAGGACGAUGAUGCAGAAGAAGAAGAUGCCCACAAACCGUCAGCAGCAUUCAUGCUGAGAAGGCGUCUACGCAGCUACCUGACCUGGAAGAGACAAUUUGCCCAAGUCAGCGCAACCCUCUUCUCCGAGAAUCAAAAGGCUCUCAACAGUGCAGCCGACUCUCGUCCCGGCCACGGAGGCAUGGGUCGCGGCAAACCACCGACCAACAAGCGCAGACGAGUCCGCGGCGGAGGUAACAUUGGUGUCUCUGCCGGAAGAACAGAAACGGGCAUCAUUGCACAGUACUUUGAGAAGCCAGGCGAGGUGGCUGAUCUCAUGGCCGAAGUCCAAAUCACCGAAGAAGAAGCACAGCAAAAGGAUGACAUUAUCGCCGACCCGCUCGACGACAUGGACGACUACUACCAGCUCUACGAAAUGCAAGACUUGAUUGUGGUGCACGCCUAUGACGGCGACCAAGACGAGCACGUCCUCGAAGAAGUCAAGCCGCGAUACAUCAUCAUGUACGAACCAGACGCGUCCUUCAUCAGAAGAGUAGAAGUGUACCGCUCGUCGCACAAUGACAGAAACGUCCGCGUAUACUUCAUGUAUUACGGCGGCUCCGUCGAAGAACAGCGCUACCUGUCCUCCGUGCGUCGAGAAAAAGACGCCUUCACCAAGCUCAUCAAGGAACGAGCAAGCAUGUCCCUCGUCAUAACCGUCGAUCCUCACGGCAUUGAAGACCCGCAAGAGGCAUUCCUCCGCACAGUCAACACCAGAAUCGCAGGCGGCGGCCGACUAGCUGCCACAGCGCAACCACCCCGCGUGGUAGUCGACGUUCGAGAGUUCCGUUCCUCACUGCCAUCCCUCCUCCACGGACGAUCCAUCAUCAUUGUCCCCUGUAUGCUCACAGUCGGCGACUACAUCCUUUCGCCCAACAUUUGCGUCGAGCGCAAAUCCAUCAGCGAUCUCAUCUCCUCCUUCAAAGACGGCCGUCUGUACACGCAAGCCGAGACUAUGUUCCAGCACUACAAGUCGCCCAUGCUACUCAUUGAAUUCGACCAAAAUAAAUCAUUUACACUCGAGCCAUUUGCCGAUCUGUCCGGCAGUCUAAGCAGCGUUGCCCCCACAAACGUCUCCUCCGAUCUACAAUCAAAACUAGUCCUCUUGACACUCGCAUUUCCCAAACUCCGCAUAAUUUGGUCCUCGUCGCCGUUUCAAACCGCCGAAAUAUUCGAGAGCCUCAAAGCGCAGGAAGAUGAGCCGGAUCCAAUUGCCGCCGUGCAAGCAGGUCUAGACAAGGACAUGAAAGCCGAGGAACAGGCAUUCAACCAGGAACCGCAAGAAAUGCUCGCCAUCGUUCCUGGCAUCACACCCAAGAACAUCAAGAACAUUGUCUUGGAAACAGAGAACAUCAAAGAAGUGGCAAACAUGUCAGUCAAGGAACUAGAACCCAUGGUUGGAAACGUCGCGGGCAAAGCUAUCCACGGAUUUUUCAACCGCAAUGUCAUGGACGAAGACGAGUAG